GCAGCGGUGUCCGCGGCGGCCGCAGCGGGCCGGGCCGGGCCAGCGGGCCGGGGGAUGGCGCUGCUGGACCUGGCCCAGGAGGGAAUGGCCUUGUUCGGCUUCGUGCUCUUCGUGGUGCUGUGGCUGAUGCAUUUCAUGUCCAUCAUCUACACCCGACUACACCUCAACAAGAAGGCAACAGACAAGCAGCCGUACAGCAAGCUCCCUGGUGUCUCUCUUCUGAAACCGCUGAAGGGGGUGGAUCCUAACCUAAUCAACAACUUGGAGACGUUCUUUGAACUGGAUUAUCCCAAAUAUGAAGUACUCCUUUGUGUACAAGAUCAUGAUGAUCCAGCCAUUGAUGUAUGUAAGAAACUGCUUGGAAAAUACCCAAAUGUUGAUGCUAGAUUAUUUAUAGGUGGCAAGAAGGUUGGCAUUAAUCCUAAAAUUAAUAAUUUGAUGCCAGGAUAUGAAGUUGCAAAAUACGAUCUCAUAUGGAUUUGUGAUAGUGGAAUAAGAGUCAUCCCAGACACAUUAACUGACAUGGUCAAUCAAAUGACAGAGAAGGUGGGCUUGGUUCAUGGACUGCCUUAUGUAGCAGACAGACAGGGCUUUGCUGCCACAUUAGAGCAGGUAUAUUUUGGAACUUCACACCCAAGAUCCUAUAUCUCUGCCAAUGUAACUGGCUUCAAAUGUGUGACAGGAAUGUCUUGCUUAAUGAGGAAGGACGUGCUAGAUCAGGCAGGAGGGCUGAUAGCCUUUGCGCAGUACAUCGCUGAGGAUUACUUUAUGGCCAAAGCAAUAGCUGACCGAGGUUGGAGGUUUGCAAUGUCUACUCAAGUUGCCAUGCAAAACUCUGGUUCAUACUCAAUUUCUCAAUUUCAAUCCAGAAUGAUCAGGUGGACCAAAUUGAGAAUUAACAUGCUUCCUGCUACAAUAAUUUGUGAGCCAAUUUCAGAAUGCUUUGUUGCCAGUUUAAUUAUUGGGUGGGCAGCCCACCAUGUAUUCAGAUGGGAUAUCAUGGUCUUCUUCAUGUGCCACUGCCUGGCAUGGUUUAUAUUUGACUACAUUCAACUCAGGGGUGUCCAGGGUGGCACACUGUGUUUUUCAAAACUUGAUUAUGCUGUGGCUUGGUUCAUCCGUGAAUCCAUGACGAUAUACAUUUUCUUGUCGGCAUUAUGGGACCCUACUAUAAGCUGGAGAACUGGCCGCUACAGGUUGCGUUGUGGAGGGACAGCAGAGGAAAUCCUAGAUGUGUGACAAGAGCUUCGUGGCUGUGCACAGAGGACAGAACAGAAGUAUUAUAAAUUAUGUUUAUAGAGAUGCUUUUAAGGAUCUACCUUCAGUAGUUUUAUCACAUGUGUGUUUUGGUAUCCGCUCUUUAAUUUAUUUGCAUGGCACUCGCAUCUGUGAAAAGGAAAAAACAAAAACAAAACAGGUCUGUAGGCUUGGCCAAUAGCAUAUUUUGUGGAAGUAGAGAAUCAAGACAGUUGGUUCUAGGAAACUGGGUUUGUUUUUUUGUUGUUGUGUUUGUUUAUUUUUUAAACAAAUAUAUAUAUACAUAUAUAUA